UCUCGCUAACCUAAACACAUUACCGCUCUUUGUCUGAGCUUACGUUUAUUACGUUUUUAACUAUUACUGCGGUAAUUAUAAUGAUGGUAAUCUCAUUACGACUUAGAACUGCUUAUCCUUUAUGGUUGUGAAGUGAAUUUCGUGAUCGUUAUGAUUGUUAAAUUGUUGUUAUUGUUCGCUUGUUCGAGAUGUGUUCUAACAGGCCCGCCCAAUAUCGGUGGUAUUUUUUAUGCCGAUGAUAUUGACUCAAAAAUAGCUUUGGAAGUGAGUGCGGAAAAAUUCAAUUUUACCGCUUUAACAAUAGAAGUGUCCAGGCGAGGAGCGAUCCUUGAGAUAAGUGAGAACGUGUGUCAACUGGCUGAGGAAGGUGUAAUAGGUUUCAUAGAUGGCACGGGCGGCAGGGCGACGGAGCACGCGCAAGCUAUUUGCGAUGGCUUGGAAUUGCCCCUCAUAGUGCUACAACAUAACGACCUUUAUAGCAGAAAUUGGUCGCUAAUCAAUUUAUACCCCAGCCCACUUGCCUUUAAUAUGGCGGUACAGGAGUUAGUAAAAAAAUACAACUGGAACAAUUUCACUGUAUUAUACGAAAGAGGUCACAGCAUGGUAAAAGUGCAGGAUUUGUUAAAACUAAGCAAUCCUAUAGAACUAGACGCGGUCUCCGUCAGGGAGCUUAGAGGCGACAAUUACCGAGAAGUUCUAAUAAACGCAAAACACAGUGGAUACACGAACUUUGUAGUUGAUUGUUCUUCCAACAAAUUGGAACUGGUACUACGUCAGGCGCAGCAAGUUGGUUUAAUGGCGGAUGGACACUCGUACAUCUUUCUCUCACCUGAUCUGUUUUCUUUAGACCUGACCAGAUAUAGAUAUGGAGGCGUUAAUAUGACAGGUUUCCGUCUAAUGGAUUUAGGUGAUGUUAUGUUGUACAACUACACAGCUCAGUUCAAUGAAGCGUCGGGUUAUGCGAUCGAGCCGGACAACGUUAAGACGAAGAUUGUGUUAAUUCAUGAUGCUGUAAUGGUGUUCGCUAAUGCUCUGUCAAAGGUCCGAUACCUCAGACGGCGUGAGAUCGAACCAGCGCAGCUCAAUUGUGAAUACUAUCAAUCGUGGGUAUACGGAUCGACAUUGAUUGAUUUUAUGAAGACGGAUAAGAUAAAUGGUUUGACAAGAUCGUUAAUUUUUGACGGUUUCGGACAGAGGACCGACGUGUUUUUUGAUAUUGUGGAGUUAACUCCAGCAGGCAACCAAACUAUUGGUAAAUGGGAGAACAAUAAAUUAGAAAUUUCGAGACAGUUCGUCUCUAAUGCCGAAAUAGCAGAAGAGACUAUAAUGAGAAAUAAAACGUUUAAAGUUCUUAUUUCUACGACACCACCGUAUGGUUAUGUGAAGGAGUCGCCUCUACAACUUGAAGGAAAUGAUCGUUAUGAAGGAUUUACUAUAGACCUAAUCGAUAAAAUAGCAGACAAACUCGGGUUUAGUUACGAAUUUGAAGUUGAGCCUGAUUAUGGAAGUUUUAAUCAGGAUACUAAAAAAUGGAGCGGAAUGGUUUUAAAACUGCGAGAGGAGAAAGCGGACUUCGCAAUUUGUGACUUUACAAUAACAGCAGAGAGGCAGAGUGGCAUAGACUUUUCAACUCCAUUUAUGUCUUUGGGCAUAGGAAUAUUGUAUAAAGAACCCAGCAAACAACCACCAGAGAUGUUUUCUUUUAUGGCUGUUUUCUCUAAAGAGGUAUGGUACUACAUGGUGUUGGUACAAUCAGCAUUAGGUGUUAUCAUGAUAUUUGUGGGUCGGAUCUCUCACAAAGAAUGGCAGAACCCAGUACCUUGUAUCGAACAACCUGAAGAGCUAACCAAUCAGUUCAGUUUUGCCAAUUCCGUGUGGCUUAUUAUUGGUUCCGUUAUGCAGCAAGGGUCUGAAAUAGCUCCAAUUGCAUUAGCUCCACGUAUUAUAACUAGCGCGUGGUGGUUCUUUACCAUGGUGAUAGUGGCGUCUUACGUCGGUACUCUUGUUGCCUUCCUCACGGUGGAAAAGAAUGUCCUCCCAUUUUCUAAUGUAGUGGAGCUUUAUGAGCACAAAUCUAUUUCUUAUGGUGCCAAGAGUAAAGGAUCGACAAAACAGUUUUUUAAGGAUUCCACUAAUCCCGUGUAUCAGAAAAUGUACCAAAAAAUGUAUUCGAAAGAAUGGUUGGUUCCAGAUAACGAUGUUGGUGUGGACUUGGUAGAGAAGACAAAUUACGCACUUUUCAUGGAGUCUACAUCAAUCGAGUAUACAAUUGAAAGACAUUGUGAUUUGCUACAAGUGGGUGGCCUUUUAGAUUCUAAAAGUUAUGGUAUUGGUAUGAAAAAAGGUUCACCAUACAGAUUCUUUAUAAACGACGCUUUAAUACAACUCAAAGAAACCGGAGAAAUACAAAAGUUGAAGGAUCUUUGGUGGAAAGAAAAAAGGGGCGGCGGAAAGUGCGGGAAAAAGCAAGACCAAGAACAAAAACAAUUGGGUAUGAAGAACAUGCUUGGAGCAUUCGUAGUUCUCGGAGUUGGAUGCUGCAUUGGUCUACUGAUAUCGACUUUGGACAUGCUAUGGGGAGUGUUUAAGCGGUCUGUUAAAUAUAAUACAACAUUCAAGUACGAAUUGAUAGAGGAGUUAAAAUUCGCGCUCAAAUUCAGCGGUGACAUAAAACCAGUAAAACGCCCGCAACGAGCGCUUGGAAGCGCUGAAGCGCUGGCCGAGCAAGAAGGCAAGGACGAAGUGAAGUCUCUUAAAUCAAUUCGCUCUGGAAGAUCUACUGACACGCACAGAACUCACCAUUCACACAGUUCGAGGCAUUCGUCCAGUGGUCUAAGCGUCGCUUUUGCUAGAAGGAGGGAAUAUACUUAACAAUUCUUUAGUGCAGUGAUUUCGACAGCUUCUUUGUGAUUAUUUUUUUAUUGAACAGAUAUAUUAUCAAUAAUAUACAUUGUUAUUGCUGUUUAAAAUUUGUUACCUAUUAAGUAAUACUAUAGAUAGUAGGUAGUGAUAUUAAUUGUUUAAUAUAAGUAACACUUCCAUAUUAAAUUUGUCAUGACUAGCAAUAUAGAGUUAUGCAGUAAAAUGUUACAAUGCCUUUUGUGAAAUAAUUAGUAUCUUUCAUAUUCGUAGGUCUUAGAUUGAUUUAAUGUUAAAAUUUAGUGAUUUUAUUGAAAAGUAUAUUUAAAAUAUGACUGCCUACUUUCUUCUGCAGUCCUACUAUUUUUAUAAGAAAAUAAGCUCUUUGAUAUAUAUUAAUAUAACAAAACGAGAAUCAUAGCUGCGUCUCACUCAUUCAAUGUAUUCCUAACAUAAUUUUCAGAAAGAUGUAUAAUUUGAAGUAAACUUUAUCGCUUGUCAUGUUCAAAUGAAUACGAAGCAUUCGUAACGCAAACACAUUUCUGGAAAUAAUUGACAAUUUAUGAGCCCCAGCUAAUGUACUACAUAAACCAUUAUAGAAAAUGAGAGAGUAUAAAAUAUGUGACCUUUGAAAUAAUUACUUUCUUUUCAGCUCCACACAGGCUCAGAGAUUUAUUUACUUCUUUUGUUUUACGACGAAAGUGUUCCGCGACGCGAAAACAUAAUAUUUUAGUUCCAUUUCUAUUAUUAUUAAUAUUAGAUAAAAUAUUUCAAGGCUAUAAUCUUAUUUAUUUUAUCGCAAGCUCUUUUUUCUGUGGAGGUUUCCACUCAAAUAAGUAUUCCAAAUUACCUCAUUUUUAUUAGUUAAUUGUGGUUUUUAACGUAAGAAACGAUAAGUAGAAUCUACUGGAUGCUGUUGUUAUUGCAAAACUUACUUCUUUAAUAUAUUAAAAUAUAAUAUUGACCAAAUAGCAAAUUAUUAUAUAUUUAACUUCUGUUUACAACAUUCCUAA